AUGAAUCAAUAUGUGCUACAUCUUACAUUCAUUAUAUUGUGUUGUUCAUUGUUAUCUUCAGGAUGCCAGUGUGGACCUGAUAAAUUCUGUGACAGUAUAUAUGGCGCAUGUCAAGAGUGCAUACUCUGCGAUAGUCUCCCGGAUGUCAACUGUAAGCAGUGUAACAUCACGUCAGAAAAUAAGACAAAGGAAGUGGGCACGGUGAUACCAUAUAUCAAUAAUGAAAAGAAGAGUGAAGUACAGACGGUCGUUGUGGUGGCUACCGUUUUGACCAUUGGUGUCAUGGCAACGCUUAUAGUAGUCAUAGUCAUCCUGUCUAAGCGUGGAAAUGCUCACAAAGACGUUGAAGCUCAGAAUCAAGAAAAUGACGAAGAAUGUGAAGAUAUGAUGUUGCAGGAAUCGUUAAGUGCUCCACAAUCCGAAAGUGGUAAACCCGAUGCUGAGAAACAGAAAUAUGACGCCAGGCGAGACGAGAUUUGAAAUGAACCAAUGAUGUGCAUUUAUAGUCUAUGCAAAUUUCCUGACAAUAUACCUCCGUGAAAUCCGUUCACCAAUAAACUAUUGUACCACGUUUUGUAUUCUUCGCUGUCUUCACGUUAUCUGUUUUCCUUGAACUUCUGACCAAUGCUCGCUUGCACUUGUUUGUGACGUGUUUACGUAAAUGUAUUGUUUCUGCAUCAGAAAUAGAAAUGAAUAUGUUUCUGAUUUAUAGUGUUUGUUUUAACGAGCAUGGUGAAAGUAAAUAUAUACUCGGGAGUUGUAAAGUAAAGACUGUAACUUUUCCUAAAUUACUCUCUCUUAUAAGAUUUAAAUGGGUGUGAAGUUGUCACAUUAUCUGCAAAAUGAUGUUUUAAUUUCGCAUUGUCAAUAGAUUCACUGUUUUUUUACUUUUUCAAUAAAAUUGUGAUUCAGUAAACAUUACUCAC